AUGGCUGAAGACGAAUCUAAAUACAUUGAAACUAGUCUUAAUAGGGUGCCCAACUAUGAAGUUGCGGAUCACGCUUUCAUCUUGGCCGAACCUCGACUCAAAAAUGAACAUGAAGCCAGUUUGAAAUUCGUGCUGAAAAAGGUUGAAGAAGAGAGAAUGGCGCCUUUUUACAAAUAUCUUUACGAGGAAUAUCUACCCAAAGGCACAUUUCAAUGGGACGAAAAACUAUAUCAGUCGCUUCUAGACCGAAAUCAGCAGGAAAUUUCCGAAUUGAAAGAGCGUUUACAGGAAGUGGAGGAGAAAGACGAAGGAGAAUUGGAAAAAGCACAAGCGUGGGUGAAACUGGGGGAAUACUAUGCACAAAUUGGAGAUAAAGCCAAUGCAGAGGAUACUCUGGCAAAAGCUCUUGAAAAAGCAGUUUCUACUGGUUCAAAGAUGGACAUUAUGUUCACGAUAACAAGAUUAGGAUUUUUUUACAAUGACCAGCAGUUUGUGAAAGAAAAAUUGGAACAGGCCAACAGCAUGAUUGAGAAAGGCGGUGAUUGGGAAAGAAGAAAUCGCUACAAGACAUACAAGGGCGUGCAUUGUUUGGCGGUACGUGAUUUCAAGGAGGCCGCCGAUCUUUUGGUGGAUUCGUUGGCCACCUUCACAUCUCUAGAACUGACGUCGUAUGAAAACAUCGCAACCUAUGCCUCGGUAGCAGGUCUAUUUGCAUUGAAAAGAACCGAAUUGAAAGAUAAAAUUAUCGAUUCCCCAGAGGUUCUUUCCCUUAUGAGCAGUACAAAAGCGUUGCAAUCCAUUUCGUCUUUGACCAUAUCGCUUUACACAUCCGAGUAUUCCAGCUAUUUCCCUUAUCUGCUUGAAACCUACGAAAAUGUUUUGAUUCAGAGCAAGUAUUUGAACAAACAUGCGGAUUUCUACGUGCGGGAAAUGAGACGCAAAGUUUAUGCCCAAUUGUUGGAAUCGUACAAGACUCUUUCCAUCAAGACCAUGGCGAGUGCUUUCGGCGUGUCUGUGGACUUUUUGGAUGCGGAUUUGUGCAAGUUUAUUCCUAAUAAGCAGCUGAACUGCGUUAUCGACAGGGUCAAUGGUAUUGUAGAAACCAACCGACCAGAUAACAAAAAUGUACAAUAUCAUAUGUUGAUCAAGCAAGGUGACGGUUUGCUCACCAAGCUCCAAAAGUACGGCACUGCAGUGAGACUCACAGGUGCCGAUCGCAUAGUGUAA